AACCAAGAUUCAUUUUGACCAUGGACUAAGAUCUUGGCUUAAUUCUUGAAUACAAAGUUUUAUCACUACCAGUAGAUUUAAGCGUAUUUCCUAUUUAGAAUAUUGUUGUGGCGUGUAACAAUUGAGUCAGAAACAUUAUUUUAAUUAAUCCGAUUUUGAUUUGUGAAUUGUCAAAUAUGUCUUCAGACGAUGAUGAAGAUGAGUAUAUUGUUUAUGGAUCAUUACUUGAUCCCAUUCAGGAAGAUGAGAUUGUUAAGCGUAAAGACGCUGAACAACAGUUCGUAAAGGAUGAAAAUGGAAGGCGACGGUUUCAUGGAGCAUUCACUGGUGGUUUUUCUGCUGGGUUUUAUAAUACUGUUGGCUCUCUCGAAGGGUGGACACCGAGUACUUUUAAAUCUUCUAGGGAUUCUAAAGCCUCAUUAAAAAUUCAAAAUGCUUAUGAUUUCAUGGAUGAAGAAGACAAAAAAGACAUGGGAAUUGACCCAUCUAGUUUGAAAAUUAAAGCUGAAUAUAGUGAUAAUUCUUCAAGGAAACGUCAACUUCCAGAAACAAAUUCUGGUCCGAUUCCAGGAAGACCUGUUUUAGGAGAAAUAUUAAAACCAAUAAGGGACACAUGGGGUGUUGAAUUACUAAAAAGUAUGGGAUGGAAACCUGGCCAAGGAGUAGGACCACAAGUCACACAGAGAGAAAAAUUACGAGCAAAAAAGGAAUUAGAAAAUGUUGGAAUGAAAUUUUGUACAAAUACAGCUUAUGAUGAUGACGAUGAUGAAGUAAAUGAAUUGUUGGGAAAUAUUAAAGUAUCGCCAUUUGAAUAUGAAUCUAUAUCUAUCAAACCAAAAGUUGAUACAUUUGGCCUUGGUUAUGAGGGGCUUAAACAAGCAAAAGUGUCUUCAAAAUCAACAGUAAAUAACAAAUAUAGUAAACUUACCGUUGGAGGAAAAUCUAUUCAUGGACAAGCAUUUGGUGUUGGAGCAUACGAAGAUGACGAUGAUGAUAUUUAUGCAACUGAAGAUAUGACAAAUUAUGAUUUCAGUUUAGAAAAAAAAUCUAAAAAUGCAAAAAAGAUUUCCAUAUUAGGACAUGUUGAUUCUGAAUGUUUAGAAACUUUUAUUCUAGAGGAUGGCAUCCAAAAAGGAUUAUUUGAUCAAUUACCAUCUCCUUUAGAAAUACCUCCAGAGUGGCGACCACAAGGAAUGGCUGGAAGAAUAUUAGGACAAUGUCCAGCUGAUUUCUUUAGUACCUCAAGUAAUUUUAACUCAAAUGUCAAUACUAGACAAAGGGAAAUAAAAAAGAGUGAACCACCUCCAUCUGUAGAAGAAUUUAUUAAAAAAGAAACUCCUAAUUUAUUGUCAGAAAUAAUAUCUGAUAAGUUUACAAGAGCUGUUUUACCAGACGAUUCUACAAAUGCACUUAUUCCAGUUACACGGACUAUAGAUCCUGCUUUACAAAAACUUAAAGAUGCAGCGGACAAAAAAAUGUAUGGCUUCUGGACACGUAGAAGUGAAUCAUGGAUUCCUGAUAAGUUGCUUUGUAAACGGUUUAAUGUUCCUGUACCAAAAACUACAGUAAUAAAUCACGAAGAGAAUGGAAAAAAGCACGGAGAGUGUAGCUUAUUUAGUUCUUUGGCAUUUGCACAACCCGAUCCAAUAUUUUAUGAAAGUCAAGUAUCUGACACCGCAUCUUUGGAAAUUUGUGAUGUAAAAACGGAACCUAGUCAAAAUACAAUUAAUGCUUCUACAGUAGUGGUUACCAUCCCUGAAGUUGUAGAAAAACCAAGUGUUGAUUUUUUCAAAGAUAUAUUUUUGGAUAACAGUGACGAUGAAGAUCUUCCAGCUCAAUCAUCUGCUACUGAUAAACCGAUAAUAAGUUUUGAUAGUAAUACAAGUGAUGAUGCUAAAACUUCAACUAUUACUAAAGAGUUUUCAAAAACGAGCGCUGAAACUAGUACACAUUUUACUUUAUUCCCACCUAGAGGAAUAUUUGCAAAUUUAAAUUUUGACGAAUUAUUUGACAACAAACAAGAUGAUGUGGUUGAACAGAAAAACAAAUACGAAACCAAAAACACACCAUAUGAAACAACGGGACCCUUGUACAAACCAUUAUUUUUACCAAAUAAUAAGACUGAGAGCUUGGUCCAACCUUACACACUUCCUGAAAGCCAAUCUGAUGAUGAAUGGGUUGAGAAGUCUGAAGUGACGCUUGAGAAAUCAAAUCAUAAACAUAGUAAACACAAAAAGAAGCAUAAACAUAAAAAGAAAUCGCACAAGCAUAAAUAAUAAUACAAAGUAUAAAAAAAUUAUUUCCUUUAGCAUAUGGCGCCAAAAUUUAUAUUUUUAAAUGAUAUUUUUAAUUUAUUUUUUGUAUUUGCUAGUAUGUUUAUUAGUAUAUAAACUC